AUGGUUACACACAAUUGUUCCCUAGAUUUAUCACCUCCAAUUAAUAGAGAAAUGAAAGAAUUGGAUACAAGUUUCUUUAGAAAGGAAUUUCCAGUUAUUAGAGCUCGUUUUGAUGAUCCAAGAAUAAUUCAAAAAUUCAUAAGAAGUCAUCCACAAGAUGUUUUAAGUGGGAAAGGAUUGCGUAAUAUUGUUAAAAUUGGGGAUUAUACUGUUAGAGCUGUUUUACUUACAGAUCGUUUAACAAAGAUAAGUGAUGCUUCCAAAAUAUUAAGUGAAAGUUGUUUAGAAUAUUUCAAAAAAGAACAAAUUCCAUUACAAAAUCAUACAUUGGUUAUUGAUUAUGAUUUUUGGUCAACUGAAGAAAUUCUUGGUGCUAUAUUACCAGAAGAUUUAUUAGAUAAUAUACCAUCAGGUUUUUCACAAACUGGUCAUGUUGCACAUUUAAAUUUAAGAGAUGAAUAUAAACCAUAUAAAAAGUUAAUUGGUGAAGUUGUGUUAUCCAAAAACCCAAGUAUUGAAACUGUUGUUGAUAAAGUUGAUUCAAUCGCAACUGAAUAUAGAACUUUUAAAAUGGAAGUUUUAGCAGGUAAACCAGAUUUAUUAGUUACACAUAAAGAACAAAAUUGUAUUUUCCAAUUUGAUUUUGAAAAAGUUUAUUGGAAUUCAAGAUUACAAGCUGAACAUGAACGUUUAGUUCAAAUUUUCAAACCUGGUGAAUUAGUUCUGGAUGCAAUGGCAGGUGUUGGACCUUUCACAGUACCAGCUGCUAAAAAAGGUGUUAUUUCAAUUGCAAAUGAUUUAAAUCCUGAUAGUUAUCAUUUCUUGAAGCAAAAUAUUGCUAAGAAUAAUGUAUCAAAUUUUAUAAAACCAUUCAAUGAUAAUGGUCAUGAUUUUAUUAAAAAUUGUAUGACAUAUAUUGAACAAUUUCAUAAAGAAACUAAUGGGAUUAUUAAAGUUGAAAUUAAGAAACCAAAAACCAAGUCAUCUUCAUCAUCAUCAUCAUCAACUCCAGCAAAUAAAAAACCAAGAACUCCAACUGAAUAUAAAGAUAUUUCAAUUCCAAAAUUCCCAAAUCAUUUUGUUAUGAAUUUACCAGAUAGUGCAAUUGAAUUUGUUAAUGAUUAUAUUGGAAUUUUUGCAAAUCAUGAAGAACUCAAAUCAUUACCAAAUUUUGAAUUACCAAUGGUUCAUGUUUAUUGUUUCCAAAAAUUUAGUCCUGAUGAACCAGAACCAACUGAAAAAGAAUUAGAAUCAAGAGUUCGUGAUAGAAUUGUUGAAAAAUUACAAUAUAAUGAUUUAAAAAUCGAUGAUAUUAAUUUCAAAUUGAUUAGAAAAGUUUCACCAACAAAACCAAUGUAUCGUGCUUCAUUUAGAUUACCAGAAGAAGUUGCUUUCAAGAAAGUUUGA